AUUGAUGACAACUCCUUUUCGCUGUUGAUUAUCAUUUAAUAACGUGUAUUUUCUCUAAUUGUAUUUUUCUCUUUAUAAUAAUCUAUUUGCCAUGGAUCUUAAAUAUCUUUUAUGCGAGCCUAUCUCAAAAUUUGCAGUCAAAGCAGAACAAAGAAAUGUAGAUUGGCAUGCCAAUAACAAUGCAACCACGAUCUAUCCAACUACCAAAGGACAGGAUUGGAUCAUGAACAGUCCCAAAAGUAUGUGUAGCAGUGUUAGUACCUGUAGCAGUACUAGUACUAAUAGUGGAGAUGAAUACAGCAAUCAUCCGACAAAAUCAUCCGUAACCAGAAGAAGGACCGAAAGUGAUGUCAGCCUUACCAGACACCAUAUGUUUAUCUAUAGUCAUCCAAACCGUAGACCACGCUCUGAAUCUGCAGGAAAUAAUAAUAAUGUGCAGACGAGAACGCCCUGGACGCCCUUCGAAGAUCAUUUGCUUCAACAAGGUUACGAUCAAGGUCUUUCUUGGGCCAUGAUCUCCUCAACCUAUCUUCCUCACCGAUCAAGAGGCUGUUGCUGGGGUCGCUUUAAGACGUUACAGAAUAAGAAUAUGGUCGAUCCAACUCACUCUCAUAUGCGUCAUUUCAGAAGACCUUGGAAGGCCAUUGAUUUCAAUAACAAGAAACUUUCUCUCUAACAACAACACUUCAUACUCCGACACAUCAACCUACAAAACCAACAAAAAAAAGCAAGAAAACCAAAAAAAAAAAAAAAAAAUAAGCAAGGGACAAGACCCCCUUCACAUAAACCAACAAUUCAAGUACUUUCCUUUCUCGCGUUAACACCUAUUUUUAUGAUAUGAACCUAUGAAUCCCUAUGUCCAAUACUUGUAGCUAUAAUUUUUAUGCCCUACUUUCUUUUUCUUUACUUAUUAUUAUUUUUCAGCCAGGUAGCUGAUUCCCCCUUUCAUUUCUAUUUAUUCUUCAUUAUUAUCCCCCACCCCUCUCAACCCAAAAAAAGACAAAUUGUCAAGGCCUUUAAUAAACUUUUUUAUUUCUUUUUUUAUAC